UAUUAUUUUGGUUAAGGCUAAAAUACAACACUGUUUAUUUAAAUUUUUCAAACGAACAAAACACAAAGCAACAUUGCAAACAACAACAGUUGCAGCAGCAGCAACAACAUAAUUUACAACAAACGAGAGUUUAUUAUUUGCGAGAGCGCGUCCCUUUUCGUUCGCUUGAAUUUUGUGUCCAGAAAAAUAAUAAAGGAAACGCAAAAGAAAAAAAUUCCAAUACAGAAAAAAAUUAUUUUCCAUAAAUAUAAGUGAUUUUAAUUAAACUAUUAACACAAUUUCAAGACAUAAGGAAAAGAAUUUUAAACAUUUAAAGCUGCCAAAAAGUAGAGAAAACAACUCGGCUUCAUUGUUUGAAAGUUGGUUUUUUGCAAAUGAAAAAAUUAACAACCAACUUUCUAUACCCAGUGAACAAAAUCUUUUUUCAUUGACGGCUUCCUUUUUUUUUCCUGCUUGUUAAUGCGGCAUCAAACACACACAAACAAAUCAAAGGAGAUGUGAGAAAAUAAAAAACAGGAAAAUAUACAAAAAUUAAACUAAAAAGUAUAAAAAAAAAGAAAAACCUCUGGUCGUUGGGAGAAAAGGAGGAGUUAAAAAAACUGUUAAAUUAUUGCAAAGAAAAAAAGAAAUAAACAGGAAUUAUUUAUGCCGCUUAGUAAGAAGUGCUUGAGUGUUGUGAAAUCUUUUAAAACCACUUAACACCAACAUUGAAAAUGUCAUUGGAAGGCGCAAAAUUCAUCUGCCUUGAUGAAGCCGGCAAUCAUGGUGAGAUUGUCUUGGCCAAAGGCCGCAAAUUUACCAUGGGCUAUUAUGUGAGUUGUGAUUUUGUUUUGGUCGACGAACGAGCCAAGGGUGUUCAUUGUGAAAUUGAAUGUGAUGCAUUUGGAAGGGUAACCAUACGUAAUUUAUCACCCGAUAAACCCAUUUUAGUUAAUGGUUCUACUGUUGAAAUCAAACGCAUUUUAUUGAACAAUUCGAAAUUGUCAAUAUUGGAUAAAGAAUAUUUAUGGCAAUUCCCAAAAAAUUCCAGUAAUGAAUUUGAAGAUUUACCCGUUGAAGCCGCUUCGACACCACAAAAACAAAUCGGUAUACCCGAACAACCGCCAAACUCUUGUCCAGAUUUUAAGCUUCACCGAGAAUUACCCAAAAGGUUUACAGUACACAAUUUCGCCUAUUGUAUACAAUCGGAUGAAGAGGGAAACACAUCAACAGAUUCAAAUGAUGAAAACAGCAACGAAGGCGAAUCAUCACCACAAACAAAACAAUAUCAAACUAAAAUUGAAACUGAUAUUAAAGAAAAUCAAACAACAGACUCUAAAGACACAAAUGCCAAUACACAAGAAAAAGAACCAGAAAAUCGUAAUCGCAGUGUAACACCAGAGCCAAAGGAGCAACAAAAUGAAAAAACCACAACCAGUGCUCUAAUGGAAACACCUAAAAUGAAUUUAAUCAAUUGUACAAAAGAUAAAGAGAAUAAAAGUACACAAAAGAAAAAUAAACAACUACUUACGAUGUGCCAUCAAUCGGAUGUUGUAAUAACUUCAUUUUCACCGCGUGAAACGGGUGUACGAAUUGAAAAAUCAUUUGCGACCGUUGUAAAGCCAAAAGUGCUGGUCACUAAAACUCCCGCAACACCUAAAAGUGUUUAUAGCACACCGAAAAGUGAUUUGAAUGAAGACGACGAUGCGGCGGAGGAUGAGGGUGAUGAAAGAGAAUUAUUGACUUUUCAUACGCCUUCUACAUCGAAAAAGGGUAAACCAAAUACUGCCUCUACAAAAGUACUUAAGAAUUCCUCUAUGCAUUUAAUCGAUUUAACAACACCGAAUAAAUUAAGACCGGCUAGUCCGUAUUUAAAAUCGGCUUUGAAAGCUUCUGCCAAGAAAAAAACUACUAACGUUGAUAAAUCAUGUGGUAAAUUGUCCUCAGAAGAACAAUUGGGUUUAUCAGCCUUGCCUUCUACACCUGCUUUACAGGAUAACAGCAACAGUCCUCUAGAAACGCCCAGUUCUGUUAUAAGUGUCAGCAGUUCCACAGAUACUUCGAGUAUUAUAGAAGUAACGAGUGAUGGUUCGAAUAUUGGUUGUACGCCAGUCACUAGUACUGGUAUGGCAACACCUGUGAAGGCUCAAACUCGAGCGGGAGCCUUUACGCCCAAACGCACUCCCCAGUCAUUGAUGAAACGCGCUCUCAUAACAAGUGCCAAAAAACAAAACACCACACCACAAAGAAAUCUUAACACUGCUACCACACCGCGCAGAGAAUCCAUAAAUCGUAUACCUUUGCGCAGUAAUUUAGCUUUGUUAAGAACUCCAGUUACUCCUCAAGCUUCAGUGGGUGAUAAAAGUACUUCGCAAUUGCCUAGAAGGCAAAGUAUGAGUACUCCCACCCGUAAAAGUAUGCCUGCAAGGAGUCGUUUCGAUAGCUCUCCUUCUACCAGUAAUUUAGCAUCACCUUCAAGCUCUAACAGAAUGGCCUCACGACGUUCAUCUAUUAAUCCCAUUUCCGCAGCAAGAGCAUUACCCACCUCCACACCCGUGUCAGGUUCUAGUAAUAAUUCUGCCUUAAGAACUCGUGCUGCCUGUAAGACCUCUCCCCUGCAUAAGGUGCGCAAAUCUAUAGGAGGUGUACCAUUAUCUUCUCACAUAUCUAAGGCUCGUAGAUCAAUUGUACUGCCAGCUUCCACUUCUAAAAUAACAUCGAUUAAGGAAAAAUCACCACAACAAGUAAUGAGCGAUCGUCUCGUUACAAGAGCACGCAAAUCUUUGUGUUUAACUCCCAUAUCAGCACGAUCACGUAAUAUGGUUACUGCCGCAAAAACACCUCCACAAGCUCCCUCUAGUAUUCUAAAGGCUAAAAGUACGCAAUCAGAAAAAAAACCUGAGCGAAAGGCUGUAUUAUUUGCAGAUAAACAACCGGCCGUUAGUGGUGAAGUAGAUGAUCUUAGUCGUACUUUUAUUAUUGAUUCUGAUGAGGAAGAAAAUGCUGAAAAACCAGAGGAUAAUAAGCCAAAAGAUGCCACAUUUUCACCAGAAAAAGAAACUAAAGAAGCAGACAAGAAUCAAGAACCAAUAGAAAUUCCAGUAGAUGUAGAAGAAAUUACUAGUUUAAGUAAAGAAAACAAAGAACUUGAUAAAACCAGCAAUGAAGAAAAUUCAGCAACUACUGAAGAGAAGGAAAUAGCUGUAGAAGAAACCGAAAAGGAAAAGGAAAAAUCAAAAUCUAUUGUAACUGAAGAAAGUUUUGCUGAGAUUAUAAAUGAUUCUCAGGAAACAGAAGAACAAGAAGAAAAACGCAUAACUGAAACCAUUGAAAUUACGGAUAGUCCAAAAGAAACUUCACAAACUGAAUCUCAAGAGAGUUUUACAGAUGCUCUUGAAGAAAUUGUGGAAGAAAAUGUUAACGAAACAGAAAUAAAUCAAAAAGUUACUACAGAAGAACCAGCCAAAACAUUAACUCAGAAAAGUGAGGAAAAGGUUGUAGACACCGGUUUCGGAGAAGAAUCUAUAGUGGAAAUUAUAGAAACUAUUAACAGCGAAAAUAUACUCCAAGAAGAAGUUAAAAAUGGAGAGGAAACUACAGAAAAUGAUCAAACUGAAUUGAAGGAAACAAAUGAAGUAAAUAAUGAAAAUACAAAUAAAAAGAAAAAAGAACUAGAAACUGAAAAAGAAGUAGUUAAACCUGAAGAAAUGAAGUCACUAGAGCUGCAGGAAAUUGAGGAAAAAGAUGAUGAACAAAAGUCCUCUAUAUACAAACCGAUCGUAGAAGAUAUAACCCUGGAAGGUUCUUUAAUCGAAAAAGAAACGAAUGUAAGCAAACAACCAUUGUACGAAGACAUUACUUUGGAAGGAUCUCUAAUCGAAGAAAAGGUUAAAAGUGAAGAAAUUAAAGUUGAAACAAGCAAAGAAUCUAAUGAUUCUAAUAAAAUAUUACAAACUGAUGAAAGCUUAAAGGAGGAAGUAAAAAAAGAUGAAGAAGAAAUUGCUAAUAACAACCAGGAAACAGAAAGUUUAGCACUACAAGAAAAUAAAGAUAUUGAGGAUGAUAAGGAUGUACUUGAAUUGUCCCAAAUAAACCAGAACAAUAAAGAAACUUUAGAAGAAAAACCAGAGCAAAAAGUUGAUAAUUCUGAAAUUUUGGAAAAAUCGACAACCUCCAAAUCUGAAGAGAAAUCGCCAACGUUAUUUAUUGAGAAAAUUGAUAAUGAUUUAGAUGAUACAAGUAAAUUAUUAGAAGAAAUCGAAGAUGUUCUUAAUAAAUCCGAUGAAAUAAAACAAAAGCAUCUUAUUGAACUGGAAGAAGGUAAACUGGAGAGUGAAAAACCAUUAACCGAAGAAUUUGAAAGUGAAAAACUAACACAAGAGAUAACAGAAGAUGAAACAGUUGUCACUAGUAACGAAGAAAACAACGAAUUACCGGAAGUUACAAACGAAACUGAAUCGCAGGAUGAUAGUGUUGAAGAGGUUCAGCAAAGUUUAGAUAUAGAAACAACACAACAAGACCAAGAAGUUUGCAAUCAAAAUGAAAAAGAAAGUGAACAGGCUGCAGAAUCUUUAAGUCAAGAAACAUAUAAAUCUUCCAAAACAGAUAAGACUGAUGAAAUAUCUAACUUAAGUACUGAAAUUGUCCCUGAAACAGAAUCUCCAGUAAAAAAUAUUGAUCUUCAAAAUGAAGACCAUAUUGAAGAUAAAAAAGAAAACACAAAAGUUUCAGAAUCUCCUAAGGAAGUUUCCGAAAUUGUUUUUCAAAAUGAAGACAAACUUGAACAUAAGGAAGAAAAUUCAGAAGUUUCGGAAAGUAUUAUUACCGCUAAAGAAGACAAUAUUUCGAAAGAAGAAAGUAAUCAGUUUAGUGCUCAAGAAGAGUCUGAAAUUAAAGAAACUGAAAACAUUGUUCAAAAAGAUGAAGAAAUUCGUUCCGGCGAUAACAUUGUCAAAGAACAAGAAGAUCCACUUUUAAAUGAACAAAAGACUGAUUUGGAUGCUCAAGAGGAGUCUUCUGAAAUCAACGAAACUGAUUUACUUCAAAAUAAGGAGAAAUCUGAAGAACAAAUUCCAGAUACAACAUCGGCAGGAAGUAAAGAUUCCGAACCUUCAAACAUUGCUUCAAUUGAUGAAAACAUGAAAUUGAGUGUUUCAGAAAAGACUGAAGCUGAAGAGAUAGAGAUCGCAGUUCAAACUGAGGAAAAGGCUAAAGAACUUGAAUCUGAAGUAGCUGGAAACAUUCAAAAUAAUGAAAAUGCUGAAGAAUUUAAAGAGAACGAAGUAAUUCAAAGUGAAGAAGAAAAUGUUGUGUUCCAACCAAAAGAAAGUUCUCUAGAUGAGGAUGAGAAAUCGGCUGACACUGAAAUUUUGAACCAAGAAGAAGAUAUUGAAUAUCCUGAAAAGUAUAAACCAAAAGUAACAGAAAACGUUGACAAACAUGAGAAGUCAGAAAGUUCUAAAGCUAAUGCUCCUAGCGAAUGUGAGGAGUCAAAAUCCUUAGAAAAUAUUGCUCUCCAAAUGGAAGACAAUACUCCCAACGAGGAAAAGACUGAAUCGACUACACCAGAUAAAGCUGAAGAAAACAAAGCGAUCGCACAAGAUUUAACUGAAGAUCAAGUCACUAAAUCAUCUGAUUGUACAGUUAAAGACACCAUUAGUCAUUCAGAAGCAGAUGCCGAGCAAAAAAAAGCCUAUAAUGUUAGCGAUUUAGAACAGGCAAACAAAUCUGGAGAAAAUACAAACGAGACUGAGAAGCCUAAAGAACUUAGUUCAAUUAGCAAUAUUAAAAAGAAAAUUGAAAAUUCCUCAAGUCUUACGCCAAGACGCAGUACUAGACGUGCUUCUAUGUCAGCUGAGACUACAACUCAAACAACCACAGCAACAGAGUCAUCAUUUACUCCCAGACGCAGUACUAGACGUGCUUCAAUGUCAGCAGAAACUACUCAAACAAACUCCACUACAGAGUCAUCAUUUACUCCCAGACGCAGUGCUAGACGUGCCUCGAUGUCAGCUGAAACCACUACCACCGCAACACCAACAAAAAGAACCACUAGACGUGCCUCUUUAUCGGUGGUUAGCGAAACUACACCAUUAACACCCAAAACAAUAAGCAAACGUAGAGUUUCAAUAGAUGAUGACACGGUUAAACCUAAUACAUCCAAAACACCACGUAAGCUGUUGGAACAGCGUAUGGUUAUACCAGAAGAAAACGAAGAAGUUGUAGAGUCUGUUAUAGUCGAGGAAGAAGAAGAGAAUGUAGAGGAAAAGAAAACUACAAAGAAACGUCGAUCUUCAACUUCAAGUGAAACCAAGACUUCAAGAGCUAAAACACCACUUAAGCAAUUGGAAUCGGAGGAAAUGUCUAAACAAGUUGUUCCUGCCAAAAUAGAGGAACAAGAUGAGCUAGUAGAAGUCGCUGUUACUGAGAAGUUAGUUGUGGAAACGAAGCAAAAUGAGGAGAUUGAAAAGCAAGUUGUAGAUGAUGAAAGUUUGAGCAAAGAGUCCAUCGAUAAAACAGUGUCGCAAGCGAAUCUUGAAAACCUCUCAGAUGUUACAAAUUUAGCAGAAAAAGAGAAAGUUGAGGAAGCAACUGAAACAGCUGUCUCGGAUGCUGUGGAAAAAUCCCAGAAUAUUGAUAACGACACCACAGAAAAGUCUGAUAUAUUGACUUUAGCAGCAGAAAAGGAAACUUUUGAGUCAGAACAAGAACCUACAAAACAUGAGUCGGUCUCGGAGGAGAAACAAGAUGCUGUUGAAGAUCUUAUCACAACUGAUGAUCAAACUUUAAAUGAAAAUGAAGUUGCAGAGACUUUAGAAAAGGAGACUGAAGAAGCUAAUUUGGCUACAGAGGAAAAGAAAGAAGAAGGAUCUGUUAAGGAGCAAGAUGAUGCUCUAAACUCCAAGGAAAAGUCAAAUAAGGAAAUUAUUGAAGAGUUACCAGAAAGUUCUAACAAAACAGAUGAAGUUGAUAAAGUUCACGUAGAAGCUGAUAACUCAUUAGUAACUAAAGAAGUAGAUAAUUUGGAAAAAUCCAGUAUUGGCCCUGAAGUUAAAGAAAUUCUAGAUUCAUCAGCAGUUGCUAAGGAAGUGGAUUUAAAUACUAGCCAGAUCACAGCAGAUGAGCAGAGUGAAGAUGAAAUGGAAAAUCUACAAUUUGAAGAUGAUGUAGAGACAACACCUAGAAAAACAGAUGUAAAACAACCAGGAAUGUCUACACCUGUAACCAAAAAAUCUGUAAAAAUUCUAGCUGAUACGCCUAAAACCCCCUUAAUGGCUGGUAUGCGUGAUUUAUUAAAAACACCAAAAGCUGAAGUACAAACUCCACGUCUGGCAGGUCUACGUGAUUUAGUACGCACACCCAAAGAGCCCAAAGAAAGCGAAGAGGAAGAAAUGGAAAAAUUGGCGGUAGUAGCAGAUUUGAUAAAAACACCAAAAUCCUCAAAAGAAACCAUUGAAGUUUCCACACCAGCCAAAACUAAGAAACAGGUAACAAUUAUAGCCGAUUCUCCCAAGACUCCUUUGAUGUCGGGUAUGCGUGAAUUGCUAAAAACACCAAAAGCUGAAAUGCAUACUCCUCAAAUGGUGGGUAUACGCCAUUUAGUUAAAACACCUAAAACUACAAAAGAAAAUGAACAAGAGGAAGAGGAAAAAUUGGCAGUGGUAGCGGAAUUAGUAAAAACGCCACAAGCUAGCAAAAAUGUGGAAGAAUGUGUAGAGGAACUGCCUUCUAGUUCUAGGAAAAAUGAUAAUUUACAAGGUGUUAAAGAGUUGCUAAAAACACCCAAGAGCUGUAGCACACCACGCUUUAAGGGAAUGCGAGAAUUAAUGCAAACACCCAAAGUAACAAACACACCCAUAAUGGGUGGUGUAAAGGAAUUGCUAGACACACCAGCUAAGCAAGAAUACUCUGAAGGAGAUGAGGCACUAAAGUCGGAAGAUAUGUCUGCAACUACAGCUAAAAUUAAGGCUAGUUGUAUGACACCAUGUGGAGUGAAAGAAUUUUUAGAAUCCCCACAACCACAAGAGGUAAUUGUACAACAGACCGAGAUAAUUGAAACAGAAGAUAUUCCCUGCACUACUUCAAAAACUUCUCAAGACUUGAAAGGUGUUAAAGAACUUUUGAAAACACCUAAAACCUGUAGUACACCACGCCUUAAGGGAAUACGCGAAUUAAUGCAGACCCCCAAAAUGAGUUCAACACCCAUUAUGGGUGGCAUAAAAGAACUUAUGGAUUCACCAGCUGAAAAACAACAUGAAUUAGAUAAAUUCCUUAGAACACCAACAGCUAAAAACAUAAUGAUACCCUCAAUGCCUUCCAGUGCCAUUAUAGAGAAAAGUAGUGAUUCUAUAGAAAUUUCCACUGAAUACGAUUUGAAUGCCAGCCUGAAUGAUGGCGGUGAAACGGCUAAUUUGGAAGAACUUUUCAAAACUCCCGUAGCAUCACGUUUUGUUGAACGCAUAACCGAUUCAUAUUAUGGUGAUGAUGAUGCGGAUCAUGAUGAGACUGUAGAAAAAUUCGAAAAAAAACAAAAUGAGUCCCUAGAUGAGGCUCUCAAUAAAUCAGCCGAAGAGGCUUUUGAUAAAAUGGUGGGCCAAGAAUCGCAGAUACAAACUCCCAUACGUAAUAUCUAUAAACGUAAAUCUUACGCUUUGCAAACACCUCAAGCGCCAUCUCCUUUCUCAGCAGCAGAUGUUUUAUCUGAUUUACCUAAAACAGAUGUAGAAGAAUGGAUUGAGACACUAGAACAGGCUGAAGCACCCUCAAUCUUAGAAUGUGAAGUUAAUGCUAAUGAAAGUGUUAAAGAAAUGGAAGAAGUUUCUCUUUUAGAACAAAGUACCACUGAUUCGAUUAUACCCGAAACUUGUACUAAAGUUUAUUUAACUGAAAAAUCCUUAACAAAUAUAACAACUGGCUCUAUAACAAAAACCCUAACAAAAGAUCCUCUUUUAAGUGCCACGGCUAAAUUAAAGGAAAAAGAAAGUCGUCCUCUUACUCCCAUAGAUGCUGAAAUAAGCGGUCUUGAUUUAUUAGAUCAAACGGUGGAUUCAGUACAAGAUGAACAACCCUCAAUGUUAGACGAACCAUUAUUAGUUGAGGAACCUUCAAUGUUCGAAGAACCUUUGGUAGUGAGUGACGACGACGAAGAAUGUGUAGGUGAUAACACACUUAAUAAUGCCAAUGCAGAGGAAAUUUCUCAAGACGAAGCUAAUGAUUUGUCUGAACCUUUAAUGGUCAGUGAUAGUGAAGAUCUAAAUCAAUCGCAAGAAAUUGAAUCAAAUGAAGCAGAAACUAAACAGGAAUCCAACAUUGAUGAGAAUGUACAAGAAAAAUCUAUGGUAGCACAAGUUUCUGAUGUGUCUUUGGCCGAAGAUCCUUUAGAAAGUAAAAAUAAACAACAAGAUGCUUCUAUAAUAGUUGUUGAAAAAGAAGAGGAGGAUAAAUCUAUAAUAGAAAUAGAAGAUGAUAGCAAUGCAAAAGAAGCUUCUAAAGUUGAGGAUGAGCUGACAAAAGACGUAAUCUCUGAAAGCGAAACUUUGGCGGAAGAAAGUUUGCUAUUUGAAGAAACUCCCAUGAAAGCAAUGUUAACAUCUGACAGUAAAAAUCGAACAACUAUUGAAAUUUCCUCUGAGCCACAAAAUGAAAGUAAGAACGAUGAAGUAGCAAGAGAAACUGCUAAAAAUUCCGAAGAAGAAUUUGCUGAAGUAGUAGAUGCAACUGAAACAGAUGUUAUUGAAAAGCCAGAGAAAGCUGUUAGUGAAAAGCAAGCAGAUUUGGAUGCUAAAGAAAUUUCUAUAGAGCAAACAAAAGUUGAAUCUAAUACAUCUGAAGAUAUUUUCUUAGACAGCUCAGUUACUGAAAUCUGUGAAGAAACGAUUAUAACAAAUGAAGAGCAGGAAACUAAGGAUGAAACUAUUGAAACUAAUAAAGAGAGUCUAGAAAUUAAACAUGAAAAAUCUGCUGAAAAAGAAACCAAACAACAAUUGGAACAUGAGUGCCAGAAUAUCUUUAUGGAUAAUUCAAACAUCGAUGAGUCUUUUGCUGAUGAGGCUGUCAAUGAAGAAAAUGACGUUGAAAAUGAAUCUGCCAUGGUUGAGGUAACUACUAAAGAAGUAAUUAAAGAACGUUCUUGGAAUAUACCCGCUGAAGAUGGAGCUGUUCUAGAAGCAACUAAUGAGGAGGAAAAUGUUCAAGAAAGCGAGAAAGUUCUGGAAGAGAAGUCUGGUAAUAAUAAUGAAAAUGAAGAGACACGUAAGGAUGAUCAUAUUGAAAGUGUAAAAGCAAAUGAUGAUCAGCAACAUUUCGAGGAAACUGAAUCUUUAACACCCAAUAAAUUGGAAGAAGAAAGUUGUGAAAAAGAAAGUGAACAGGCUGAAGUAACAGCAGAUAAUGUGGAAGAACCAUCAGAUCAAGUUUCUGAGGAUCUAGAAAGUUCUCAAAUUUGUUCAGCUGAAGAUCAACCUGAGUUGCCAAGUAUAGCUGGUGCAACCUCUGUUUUACUAUCCGAAUCUUUAGAUGAAAAACAAGCCGAUGUUGUUAAGUCAGACACAACUGAAGUAUUAGAGAGUUCUCAAAUUGAUAAUACAGCUGAGGAACAAGCAGAAUUGACAGAGCUACCACCUGCAAUCGAAUCCAAGACAAGUGAAACUUCAGCAAUACAACUUGAAGAUUCAGAUGAAAAAGAUGCUGAAGUUGUAGAAUCAGAUACAGCUGAAGUAUUGGAGUGUUCUCAUAUUGAUGAUACAGCUGAGGAACACGCAGAAUUGUCAGAAUUACUACCAACAAUCGAAAACAAGCCAAGUGAAACUUUAACAAUCCAACCUGAUUCUUCAGAUGAAAAAGAAGCCGAAUUUGUAAUAUCAGAAACAGCUAAAGUUUUAGAGAAUUCUCAAAUUGAGAAACAAGCGGAAUUGUAUGAAUUAUCAUCUGCCAGUGAAAAAGAAACCGAUGCAAUUGGAGGAAUUGAGGAACAUUUAGAAUUGUCUGAAUUACCUGAAAUUAAACGGAAUGAAACAUCUGGAAUCCAAUUAGAAUCUUCAGAAAGUUCUCGAAUUGAAGAUACUACUGAAGAACAAUCGGAAUUGUCAGAAGUUUCUAAAGUGUCAAGUGAAUCAGUACUAAUACAACCUGAAGCUUCUGAUGAAAAACAAGAUGAUGCUGAAACAGCAGACAUUGUUCAGGAAAUUUCUGAAGAGAGCUGUCAACCCGAGAAAAUUACUAAAGAUCAAUCUGAGCUGAUAGAGAACUCAUCACAAAUCAAAGUUAAGCCAAGUGAAACAUCUGAAAUCGAACACGAAUCAUCAGAUGACAAACAAGUCGACAAUAAACCAAAUGAAACUUCAGAUAUUAAACAAGAAUCUUCGGAUAAAACACCAGGUGAAACUGUUGUUAUACAACAUGAAUCUUCUGAUGAAAAACAAGACGAAGUGAAAACAGCAGAUGUUAUUGAACAAAUUUCUGAUGAAUUAGAGAGCUCUCAACUAGAAGAUAUUACUGAUGAUCACUCUGAGCUGAUAGAGAAACCAACACAAACCGAUAAUAAGCCAAUUGAUACAUCUAAAAUAGAACUUGAACAAGUCGACGAUAAACCAACUGAAACUUUAGAAAUUGAAGAAAAAAUAGAAGUUGAAUCUGUUGUUAAACAAUCUAAUUCCUCGGAUGGAAAACAAGACGAAGUGGAAACAGUUUCUCAUGAAUUAGAGUGCUCUCAGCUAGAGGAUCUUACAAAGGAUCAAUCUGAGCUGAUAGAGAAACCACCACAAACGGAUAAGCCAAGUGAAACAUCUGAAAUCGAACUUGAACAAGUCGACGAUAAACCAGUUGAAACUUUAGAAAUUAAAGAAGAAUCAUCGGAUGAAACUCCAGGAGAAACUUCGGCUAAUCUACAGGAACCUUUAGAAACAUCGGAAGAAAUAGUUGAACAAAGUAACGACGAUAAAUUAUCUAAAACUUCUGAGGAAAGCUCAAAAGAUAAUGAAGAAUUGAAACAGACUAUUUCUCCAAUACCAACUGAAGUCAUUGAAGAGAAUCCACAGGAUUCUUCCUCAACAGAUAAAACUUCAACUGAAGAUAAGGAAUCUUACGAAGUUCCUCAGUCGAUAGCUGAUUUCCAAGAAGACACAACAUUAGCACUUGUAAAAGAAGAAUCAACCACUCAAAACCUUGAAGCAACAUCUAUUGAAUCCAAAGAAGCUGAUUCAUCUGAAAUCAUCGGCGAUAAACCAGUUUCAUAUCCCAAAGACGAAACUGAAACUGAUAUUCCAUCUGAAGCGACUGUAUCUUCUCAAUCUGAUCAAAAAGAAUUGUCUGCCGCAACAGAAUCUGAAGAAAACAAUUCAACAAAGUCUGAAGAAUCACCUAAAUCUAGUGAAAAUAUUACCGAAGCUAAAGUAACAUCUAAACCGGUGGAAAUUUCAGAAGAUAAACAAUCUUUAGGAUCUAAAGAAGAGAUUGCAACCUUUUCAACAGAGAAACUUCAACCAAUCGAAGCUGAAAACCCUUCUUUAAUAGAGGAAGAAGAUUCAACAAAAGCAAGCGAAAAUCUUCCUAAAGAAACACAAAAUGAAUCUACAAAAGAAUUAAAGAAAUCUGAAUCUUUAGAGAGAACUGAGAAACUAACCGAAUCCACUUCUGAAAUAAAAGAUUCUCAAGAAGAAUCUACGAAACCAUCAGAAAUUGUAAAAUCUUAUAAUUUUGAAAUAAAAAUAAACGAUAUGGAUCAUAAAAGUGAAAAAGAAACUGAAAAGGAAACUGUUGAAGCUAAAUCGGAAAAACCAACAACCAGCCUGCGUAAACGUAAAGGUUCACAGACUACAGAAAGUUCUAAAGCCGAUUCAGAGUUGCCCUCUACUAGACGUACCAAGAAAAAUACAAAAACAGAAGAGAACACAACACAAAUAGAAAAUGAAGCUACAAUGACUGUUGAUGAAACCGCUGAAGAGCUAAAUGAACAAAAAUCUGAAGAAACUGCAGUGGAAUCGAAGGAAACCGCGAAACAUGCGAUCGUAGAAGUCUCUGAGGAAGUUGAUGGUAAAAUCGCCGAAGUCAGUUCAACUAAAACUAGUCGUAGAAAACGUACAGUGUCGGAAAGCAGUCAAGAUUCAACACAAGGAGAAGAAGGUCACUCUAGAUCACGCAGAGAUAGGCGUAAAAUCAUUAAAAAACAAAGUGAAGAAAAACUCCAACAAGUUGAAGAAGAACCACAAAUUUCCAAGUCGUCUCAAGUAGUGGACGAAAAACCUAAACGGAAACGUACUACAUCUGAAUCAAGUCAAGGCUCAGUUAAAGAUGAGGAUAGUCAUACACGUAGAGGUCGUCGUAAAGUACAAAAACCUCCUGUGGAAGAAACAGUUGUAGAACAAAAAGAAGAAUGUGAAGAGCUUGCUGUAGAACAAAAAGAAUAUGUUACAAAACCUGAAGAAGAACAUCAGAAAGAAGACAAAAUGGAACAACUAAAUUCAAGAACUACCGAAGAACUUGUAACUGAGACUGAAAAUGAAGUCGAAAAAGUUACAGAUAAGGAAGAUGAACAAGUUAUAGAGAUUUCUACUGAAAAGCAGGAAUCAUCUUCAGAAGCAGUUAUUACAGAAGAAAUAGAAGCUUCAUCAACGAAAGAAACACAACUAGAGGAAAUAACUUCUGAACUUCCAAAAUCAGUUGAAAUCAAUAACGAAGAAAUCGUUGCCGAAUUAGAAAACGAGGCCCCAAGUGAUGAAGACCAAAAAACUGAAGAAAUUGAAGAUGAUAAAACGGAUCAAGAUACACUAUCCGAAGAAACCAUUCCGCCUGUUUUAGAGAAGCAACAACAAUCUGAAGAAGCAAUUGAAAAUUUGCCGCCCACAGUAGACUCUUCUUCAGACAUUACAGAAGAAUCUGCCGAAGAAAGUAAACCUACAAUUUCUGAAAAUAAAAAAAAUUCAGUAUCCGCAGGUGACAGCAAUUUGAAGACCAUUGAACUACAGGAAACUCAAAACGAUGAAGUCAUAUCAAGCGAAGCCACAUGUUUGUCAAAUGAUGUAUUCGAACACAAGUUGUCAGAUAUUAUUGAAUUGCCGGAACCUGAAGAAGUUACAGAAACUGUAGAAGAUGAUAAAGAAAUGGUCAUCUCCGUUGAAGAACCUAAAGAGCAACCUAUUCACCACCCUACCGUAACCGAAACUGUACAAGAAGUUGAAGAAAUGGCUGUUACUGUAGAAGAACCUAAAGAGCAAUCAAUUUCCGAACCUAAAGAAAUUACCGAAACUGUACAAGAAGUUGAAGAAAUGGCUGUUACUGUGGAUGAACCUAAAGAGCAGCCAAUCAAACGGGGACGCCGAAAACCAACUGUAUCAGAAUCGAGUCAAGGAUCAGUACACGAAGACGACAAUUCGCGUUCUAGAAAGACACGUCGUAAGGUACAAAAGACUCCUGUAGAAGAAGCUGUAGUAGAGGAGAUAAUAGAUACGGAAGAAGUGGCGACAACUACAAUCUUAAGCAAUAAGGAUGAAAUUAUAUUUACUGGCGACAAAGAAGAAACAAAGCAAGCAGAAGUUGAAUCAAAAUUAUCCGUUGAAAUAGAACAAAAUGAACCAGGAGAUAACCAAUAUAAACACGAGCAAACUGUUGAUGUUCAAUGUGUGACAUUAGAAGAUGUUAAAGAGCAUACGAAUAAACGGGGUCGUCGCAAACCGACGGUAUCAGAAUCAAGUCAAGGUUCAGUUCAUGAAGAAGAUACAAAGCAUUCACGUAAAGGUCGUCGUAAAGUACAAAAGACUCCUGUGGAAGAGAUAGUGCCAGAAGAAAACGAAGAACAGAUUACUAGCCAGCUGGAAACAGCUACCGCUACUAUAAAAGAAACGGAGGAUGUUCUGGGUCAGGCAGAAAUAAUAGAACAUUCAGCCGAUUUAAAUAAGGAAACUAAAGAAAACUUUAACGAAAACUGUGAAACCGAAGCUGCUACUAUUACUCUUCCGGAAGUUCCGGUAGAAUCGACAAACAUGGAGAAAAACUCAGAACAAGAAGAAAUUAAAGAAUAUUCACAAGAAUUACUCGAAAUGGAGGUAGGCCUAGAAGAAACCCAAGUAAAACAAACUCAUGUUGAACAUGACGAUAUUAAAGAACAUAGUGUUAAACGAGGUCGACGUAAACGUGAUUUACCCGAAAGUCUUCCCGAAGAACCAACUACCAGCCGCAGAGGUCGUCGUAAGAUUCCAGCUGCAACUAUAGAGGAAAAAUCCGUAGAAGCUGCCACGGAACUCGAAAAUAUCUCAAACGAAGUUGAAGUGGUGACUGCAACCGAAUCAACUAAAGUCGAAGAUGUUCCUGUUGUAGCUACAGUCAAUGUUGACCUGACAGUAAAAGAAAACGCGAUUGAAAGCCGUGAACAUCCUCAAGAGAAACUUAACGUAGAAAGUGUCAAACCAGAGAAACAAGUAGAGGCUCCUACGAAACAAGCUGCCAAACGUGGGGGAAGACGUAAAAUAGAUGCACAGGAAAUCCCAGCUGCAGAAGAUAAACCUAUAGAAACAAUAGAGGAACAUAAAACUAACGAAGUUGAAGUGGUUGCUGAAACCAAAUCAGUUAAAAUUGGUGAUGUUCCACAUGAAGAAAUAGUCGUGUUGGAGAGCAGUGAACAGCCUCCAGAGAAAGUUAAUGAGGAAAGUAUCAAACCAGAGAUACAAGUCGAUGCUUCUACGAAACAAACUGCCAAACGUGGAGUAGGACGUAAAGUAGGUGUGGAAGAUGUUUCAGUCGAAACUUCUACAAAAGUGGAGGAAUCUGUUGCCAGCGCUGUAAUACCAACAGUAGAUAAACAUGUUGAGGAAUCGAAUGAAGAAAUAGUGAAACCAGAAGAAGUUGAACAAGUUGAAGCCAUCACGAAAACUGCCAAACGUGGAGGUCGACGUAAUGUAGAUAUAGAGGAAGUUCCAGUCGAAACUAGCGUAGAGAAACAUGUUGAAGAAACAAAUGAAGAGAUUAAGAAAUCACAAGAAGCUGAACAUGUUGAAACCUCCACUAAAACAUCUCAUGCGACAAGACGCGGUGGUAAACAUAAAGCUGCAGCUUCCGAAACCUUUACUGAAGAUGUUUCUAAAGCGCGCAGUGCAAGCCGAAACCGUAAAACUCCCGCAGAGCAUCCUACUUCUGAAUCAGAACUACCAGCUGCGAGUGAAAAACAAACAGAAAUGCCCACAGUCUCUCCUGAAAUUGCAAAAGGACGCAGUGCAAGUCGAAACAGAAAAACACCUGUUGAACACCCUAAUACUUCUGACAACCAAGAAGAUCAUGCUGAAGUAUCUAAAGGCCGUACAACAAGUCGAAACCGCAAAACACCUGUAGAACAGCCAAUGACUUCUAAUAAGCUAGAAGAACCAAUAGAAUCUGUAAAAGAUGUUGAAGAAAUUGCAGUAGUUGGUGAAGUUCUUGAAAGCCAUGUUGAUGCAAAUGUUGUGAUCAUAGAUGAAAGUACUGAUGAAGAAAAUGAAAAGAAACAGGAAGAUACCUCCCUUAAGAAACGUCCGAAACGUACGCGUACUACUUCCGAAACGAAUCAAGACACUGUUGUUGAUGAAAAGCCCACCAAGAGACGGGCCAGACAUCAAGUGACUGAAAUUAAAGAUAAUACUGAAGAGAAAAAGCCAGAAGUUGUUGAAGAAUUUCAAACUGAUAAAGAUGUUGUCGAGAAACCUCAAAAGUCUACACGAAGACGAGGUGCAGCAGCCUCACACCAAGUACAAGAAGAAGAACAUCAUUCAACUAAAUCUAGAAGAAAAGCUACUAGACAUAAUGAAAGUGAUGAACAUCAAUCACAUACUGAACACACCGAGGAGCAAACAAAGUCAGCGGAAGAAAGACCCUUGUCCGAAGUAAAGAUAACUGAAGUUAAUCUUGAACCCGAACAUCAGCAUGCUGUUCCUCAAGAAGAAAAUCAAAAAGACGUUAAACUUCGAAAAGGUCGUAGAAAAGCUGCAGCUGACGUGGUGGAACAUCAACAAGACGAAGAGGAACAUGAAACAUUGGCGUCUGUAAAGAGAAAGGCUGUUGUUAAAGAUAUUGAACAUGAUCACGAAGUGCAGAGUGCUUUAUCUAGCAAGAGGAGAGGAGUGGGAAAGAAAAAUCGCCAUGUAGAAGAACAUGUAGUCGAUGAAGAAGAAUCCACUACUAAGAACCAACACGAACACGGUAAAGAGGAAGAUCAUAGUUCACUAAUGGUUAUCGAAACUAGCGAGACAACAAGUACUCGACGUCAUGUUGGUAGAAAGAAACAUGAUCAUGAUGAGCCGGCUAUAGAAAAACAUGACACUGAAGAAGAAUCAAAACACGUUCAAAGUAAUGAUACUACAAAUAAACGUCGUCAUGUUGUUAGGAAGAAAUCUGAACAUGAAGAAGGGGUUCCAGAAAAACAUGACACCGAGGAGGAAUCGAUACAUAUUGAAAGUAGUGACACCUCACACAAACGCCGUCAUGUGGGUAGAAAGAAACUUGAACAUGAAGCCGAACAUGGUGAUCAUGACACUGAAACUGAACACCCACAAGAAGAAGCUAAGAAAGGUCGGACAAGAAGAAAGAAAGUUGACUAUACCGAAGAACCCGAUCAGCCAACAACUUCACACUCACCUGAAACAAAACACAGAGGUCGAAAGCGUAAAGAGUCGCAUACAGAUACUCAAGAACCUGUCGCGAACGCAAAGGAGCACAUUGAGGAGAAAUCAACUAAGGACCCUGAAACAAUAGUUGUUAAUCCAAGUGCAGAACUACAAACGCCACAACGUGCUGCUCCCACUGCAAGAAAAGGCCGAAAGGUUUCUACUAUUGAGCACAUAACAGCGGAAUCGCAAGAACUGGCUGAUGAUACACCAGGUAGAAGAGCACGCAAUGUACCACAGCGCAGAGCAGCUACGGCAUAUCACAAUUAUGAUGAAACUUCCGAUAGUGAAGUAACAACUAAAACAAAAAAGAAAACAGACUCACCACGCAAAUCCCUAGAAGUUGCAAAAACAUCACCCACGGCCAUCAUUACAACGGCACCCAUUAUCGAUAACUCACCAUCGCCUUCAACGACAACAGCAACUACAACAGCUAGAGGUCGCACACGAAAACCAACCGCUAAAGUUCAACAAUUCCUAGAGGAAGAACGUGCCAAAGCGGAAACACCCAAGAAAAGAGGUUUGUUGGCAUCGGCAGCUGCUGUUGCAGAUGCAGGUACGCCACAACGUACGCCAGCUAGACGUGGACGUAAGGCUUCCACUAUUGAAACUGAAGUCGAAGGAACACCUCAAGCUAGCAAGGGCGGACGGGGAGGAAGAGGUAAACAAGCAGCGGUUGCUCAAACUAAAGAGGAAACAGAAACCACUGUUGCAGUUGUAGAAGAAAAAGAAGUUGAGUUACACACCACACCGCCUCCAGCUCAUGCUCCUGUUAAAGGACGUCGUGGAGGACGUAAAGCUAAAAUAACUGAAGAAGAACCUAAUGCUAAUAGCGAUGAACCACCAGCUAAGAAAUCUUUGGAAUUGGAAAGCGAAAAACAGGAUUCUUCUCCUGCAGUUGAGGCGCCAACACCACCCACUCGCACAGCGGGUAGACGUAAUGCAGCUGCCGCAGCUAAAGCCAGAAUUGAAGAAGAUGCUUUAGCGGCUGCCGCCAUUGAUCCACCUAAAAGGUCAAGGGCCAAAAAGGCUCCAACAAAAGCAGCAACUCCUAUAGUGGCCACACCUGAAACAGAUGCCCACAGUUCUGAGUUGGAAGAAGAAAAAGUAGCUAAAAACAAAAAUUCUCCCCUAAAACGAGAACACAGAUUAACUUCUGCCUCUACGAUAGAAGGAGCUGAUGAUACAGAAGAUGAUCAUGACAAAACGGAAACGGCAGAUAAACCAGCCAACAAAAGAGUACGUAAAGCGGCGACAACAACUACUACAACGGAAACAACCGAAGUACCAGUAAAAAAAAGCCGCAAAGCUAAAGCGGUAGAGGAAGUAGCUGAGAACGCCGAUACUCCUGGUGCAGAGGCAAAAGUCACACGUGGUAGAGGGAGAGGCCGUAGAAAUGUACAUUUCGAUGAACAUCAAGAGGCUGAAGCUAGUACUUCCACCCAACAACAACAACUAACAACCAAUAUAGAACCAACGUCAGUCGAAACACCAGAGCCGGUUAAAAGAGGAACGCGCACUCGACGCAAAUAAUUUUAAUAUUUCUCUUUCUACUAUCUCUCUCACACACACACACACUCUUUCCAUUCAAGCGAAUUUUAGUUCUUUUUUUAGUUAUAUGUUCAGAAAUAUUUAUAAACUUGUCUUUUUUUUUCAACUUACAUAUAUAUUUUUAUUUUAAGAUUUGGAGCAUAACUUUUUUGGUAGGAGUAUGUUUUAUGUUGAAUUUUUUCUUUGUGUAUAACUUAUGAAAAACUCCACUUCAAAAGUAAAUUUGACUCCUGGAAAAAAUAUAUAAAUUAUCUUUUAUGCGUUACUUUGUUGUUUAAUUGUUUUAAUAUUAUUAAAAUACACACUUUAUACGAUUUCUUUUUUUUAUAUUAUUAUUAGAGAAAAAAUCUAUUUUUCAAAAAAAUGUUUAUCUUUUUUAAUGGAAAAAAACAAUGUUUCUUUGUAAUAAUAUGAUAUAAUAUAAUUUAGCUUAUAACUUUUAUGUAACAACUUACAAACAGAAAAAUAUAUAUAGAAAUAUAAAUAA